AUGGCUGGCUUCUACUGUAAUUUUCUGUUCAUCAUUGUUUCUCUCUAUCUUGAGAUUGUUGCUGCAGGAGUCACAGACCCUAGAGAUGUGUCUUCAUUGAGAUUGGUGCAAGGGCAAUGGAGAAAUUCGCGUGGAUUGGCAUGGGAAGGCGUAGAUCCUUGCGCUUCAAAUUGGACUGGGCUUACUUGUGAUGGUUCUCGAGUAGCUUCUCUACAACUAUCUACAAUGGGUCUAGUGGGAGAACUGCCUCCUGAAAUUGGAGGCCUUACAGGUCUCCAAACUCUAGAUUUGUCGUACAAUCCAGGCUUGACAGGACCAAUUCCACCAACUUUAGGAAACUUGCACAGCCUUCAGCAGCUGGUGUUAAUUGGGUGUAAUUUCACUGGGCGCAUUCCAGAAGAGCUUGGCAAUCUCCGAAGGCUUAUAUUUCUGGAUUUAAAUUUAAACAAAUUGGGUGGAAGUCUUCCCGCCGCCUUGGGUAACCUUACUAGACUCUUCUGGUUCGACAUUGCCAACAAUAAUUUUGUUGGAACACUUCCAGUCGAGCUCGGGAAUCUUCAUGCCUGUGGUCACUUCCACUUUAAUAAAAACCGGCUGGAAGGCUCCAUUCCACCAGAAAUUUUCCACGAAAACAUGACCAUCCUACAUGUACUGUUCGAUCAAAAUCUUCUAACUGGAACGAUACCCUCAACAGUUGGUCUUCUCAAGAACGUCACAAUUUUGAGGCUUGAUGGAAACCAAUUGGAGGGUCCAAUACCGUCAAACAUUAGCUCCUUGAGGAAACUAGGCGAACUGCGUCUUUCAAACAAUAAACUGAGCGGUCAAAUUCCUGAUUUGUCUGGCCUGAUAAACCUCCAAUACUUGGAUCUUAGCAACAAUUCGUUUGAAGUAUCCGUUGUUCCUGAAUGGAUUUCUUCGGCAGAAUUGUUAACGACAGUUGAAAUGGAAAAUGGAAGUUUGAACGGACCAUUACCUCCCAGCCUUUUAAAUUUGCCAUCAUUGGAGACAUUGAGAAUGGCAAAGAAUUCCAUCAAUGGGAAUGUGGAUUUCACCAAUAUAACAAGCCCGAGGCUGCAAGAAGUAGAUUUACGGAACAACAACAUCGGCAGUGCAUUCUUGCGAAAUCAGACCAUGGAAGUUCAGCUUUCUGGAAACCCAGCGUGUGUAGGAUCAAGCAUAUCAGCUGACAAAGUAUGUAAUCCACAAAUGGCGGAAAACAGCACCGUGCACACAACUCCUAUGAAAGAUUGUGGGGAAAGUCUGAAAUGUGAAUUAGAGAACAUGGAAAUUGAUCCACGUAACUGCGAAUGUGCAAUGCCCUUUGAGGGGUAUCUGGUGUUCAGAUCUACUUUCUUUUCAGCUCUGAGCAAUAUUUCCAGAUUCCAAAAUUUGGAGAAUUCCCUGAUGAAUAACUUAAGUUUGCCGCAGGGGUCAUCGGUAUACAUACUUUGCUGCAUGUAUUUUGACCCCAUUGAAUAUCUCACAAUACACCUCCGGAUUUUCCCACCGGUUGGGAAUGUGUAUUUUGAGCGAUCAGAAAUUGUAAUGCUUGGUUACAGUUUAAGCUCGCAUACUUAUAAGUCACCAGGGGAAUUUGGACCCUACUUUUUCCUUCCGACGUUGGACGACCUGUUUCAUGAUCUUUCCAACAGAUCAAAAGGCCUAAGUACAGGCGCAAUUAUUGGUAUAGCAAUCGGUGCGGCCGUGUCAGUUCUUGCCAUCCUUGGCAUGGGGAUUUAUAUAUUGAUGUUGAAAAAGAAAGCAAAAAAGGCAAUUAAAAAUAGCAGACCAUUUGGAUCUUGGGGAGUUGCAAGCGGCGAAUAUAGCGGAGAUGCUCCCACUUUGAAAGGUUCAAGGUGGUUCACAUUUGAAGAACUGAGACAGGCUACAAAUAAUUUCUGCUCUCGGAAUGAAAUUGGUUCUGGAGGCUAUGGCAAGGUCUACAGGGGGCUGCUGGCGGCGAGUGGCCAAAUGGUGGCUGUGAAGAGAGCGAAAGAGGAAUCUUUGCAGGGUGGAGCCGAAUUCAAGACCGAAAUAGAACUUCUUUCGCGUGUUCAUCACAAGAAUUUGGUGGGACUGAUUGGAUUUUGUUUUGAAGAAGGGGAACAUAUGCUUGUCUAUGAGUACAUGACAAACGGCUCCCUCAGAGACAAUCUCUCAGGCAAAACUGGGAUAAACCUUGAUUGGAGGAAAAGAAUUCAAAUUGCUUUGGGGGCAGCUAGAGGAUUAACCUACCUUCACGAUCAUGCAAAUCCCGCAAUAAUUCACCGAGAUGUGAAGUCCAGCAAUAUCCUGCUUGAUGAAAAUCUCAAUCCCAAGGUAUCAGACUUCGGCCUUUCCAAACUCAUAGCCAAUUCAGGCGCCAGAGGACAUGUCUCAACUCAAGUCAAGGGAACAAUGGGGUACCUGGAUCCAGAGUAUUACAUGACACAGCAGCUGAAUCAGAAGAGCGAUGUGUACAGCUAUGGUGUUGUACUGCUAGAAAUUUUAACUUCCAGGAUGCCCAUAGAAGGAGGGAAAUAUCUGGUUCGAGAAGUGGGUACUGCAAUUCACAGAGGAGGGGUAAAUGCCCUUGAGCAGCAACAGCUGUUGGAUACAAUUCUCAGAAACCCUCCCAUUGCUCCCUGUGUUUUGGAAAGCUUUGUAAGCUUAGCACUGCGUUGCUGUGAAGCUAAUAGUGUAAAUCGACCGAAAAUGAGUGAAGUGGUGAAGGAGCUUGAGUCCAUGGCGAACAAGUGUGGAGCUAAUGAUACAGAGGGCGACAGAGAGAUGGAAAGUAGUUUAGCAUUCAGGAAGUUCGCCCUUCGUCCUUCUGCUGAUUCUGCGUCGGGUUCAUUUGAUUACAGUGAUAGUGGUGGAUAUGCUGUGCCUCCAACUGUAGAACCCAAGUAA